CAUGCAUGGCAGAUGACAUUCACUGUGUCUAUAUUUGGCUGUAUGUUUAUUUUCUCUACCAUAUUUAUUGUCAAUCAGGAUGUAUUAGUAAUACAUACAGAGCAGAUCCUUGUGAGAUUAAUAUAUUAUUCAAUUCCAGUGUCAGCAACAGGUGAAAUACAUAUUUUAAACAUUUUCUCUAUCAGGUGGCGUAUAAACUAUAAUAUUCAAGAGUUACUGCUGUUUUCAAUUGUUCUCACAACUACACUACCAAACGCAAGGAUAAAGCAGGGUAUGCAUGGGUGUCUAACCUGUAGAUAACUAACUUAGUGAGCAACAAAAUUACUAUGGAAUCGAUAGAACAGUCAUUAUUAGAAAACUUGCCUCGCACACAGCGACUGAAACUUGCCAAGAAAUUUCGGCAAGAGCAAGUUAAACGAUUUAAUACUUGGCAAAAAGAAGUUCGAGAUAGCCCGCUAGCAAAGAAUCGAAAGCAGAACAAGAAAGGGUUGAAUGUUAGGUUUCAAAUUUCAAACAAACUCAGAGAUGCAGUUUCAAGAUUUGAUGAUCAAGAAGUGAUUAUUUUACUGGACCAAGGAGCUGAUUUGAAUACUGCUUCAGAUACAGGCGUCACAGUCUUACAUCAGUGCUGUAUUGAUGACAAUCUGUCUGUGGCCGAACUUCUGCUCCAACGAGGCGCCACCGUUGAUCUCAGAGAUGAUGACUGGUGGACCCCACUGCACACAGCUUGUGCGUGUGAGAAUACUGAAAUUGUAAACCUUCUUCUUAAUAAUGGAGCAAAUGCUAGGCUUAUUGAUAUUGAUGGGAACGCACCAAUUGAUCAUACUCCAUUGGGUAGCGAGACUCGGCAAGUUAUGGAACAGCAUAUGAAAACGCUGGGUUACACUGAUGAAGAACUGAGAAACAUCAAGAACCAGCCAGCACAUGACAUGCUGUCAGAGGUCAAAGAGUUCAUUAAUUCAAAAGGAAAUAUCAAUGCAACCACUGACUCUGGUAUCUCGUUAAUGCACAUUGCUGCAGCAAAUAACUAUCGAGAUGUGGUUUGUUUGCUGUCUGAGCACAAAGUCAACAUGAACCUCCAGGACGAUGAAGGCUGCACACCUCUACACUUGGCUUCAAAAUUUGGCAACACAAGAAUGGCCAAAUUACUGGUGAAGAAUGGCGCCAACCCGCUGAUUGAGAACAAUGAGGGUGACAAACCAAAAAAUGUUGCAGCAACUGAUCUGAUAGAAGAUAUUUUAAAAGUAGCAGAGCAGGAGUACAGACCCAAGGUAGUGAAGCCAGUUAAAGUUGACGAACCAAUAUAUGACUCUGCACUCUACGAAGACACAGUUUCUCUACUGAGACUUAACAGCAAGUCAAUCCCUCCACAGGAGGAAGAAGAGGAUGAUGAUGAUGAUUAUGUGUAUAGAGGAUUUAUUAUACCCAAGGAAAAGGAAGCGGGAUUCCUUCCAAAGCCGAGCCAAACAGAUGACAUUGCUUCUUUGCCAAACCUUACACAAAAUACCUUACUACAAGAACUGAUGUUACGUUACAGCAAGGAUCAAAUUUAUACGUACGUUGGUGAUAUUUUGAUAUCUGUGAAUCCAUUUAAAGACCUCCCUGUCUAUUCCAAAAGCAUUUCUAAACAGUUUGAAGGCAUUCAAGAUAGAAGUAAACUUUCCCCGCAUAUCUAUGCAGUCGCGGACCGUGCCUUUCAGAUGUUGGUACGCGAACAGAAGUCUCAGUGCUGCAUCAUUAGCGGCGAGAGCGGGUCGGGAAAAACGGAAUCUUGCAAAUAUUUUGUUCAGCAUCUAUUGUGGUCGGCUCAAAGUGAUGAGAAUUUCUUGAAUAAUAAAAUACAACAGGAUGUGCAUGACCAGAGGUUACUGAGUACAAAGAUUCUACAGGUUAACCCACUGUUGGAGUGUUUUGGUAAUGCACAGACCAUUAUGAACGACAACUCAAGUCGGUUUGGAAAGUACCUUGAAAUUCAAUUCAGUAACAAUGGGCACGUGCAGGGAGCCAAGAUUUCCGAGUAUCUGCUUGAGAAAUCACGUGUUGUGUAUCAGAACGAAGGUGAAAGGAAUUUCCACAUAUUUUACUUGAUGUUCAGUGGCCUCUCACCGGAUGAGAAGAAACGAUAUUCACUAGACAAACCAUCCAGACACUACUAUCUGCGUAAUACUACAGAUGUUAAGGACUUGUCAUCAACAAAAUAUGUGGAGCGCUUUUUUGGAGUCAAGGAUUGCCUUCAUAUGAUUGGCUUCACACAUGAUGAUGAGGAUAAUCUGUUUCGAAUUUUGGCUGCCCUACUGCACAUUGGCGAUCUUGAGUUCAAGAAAUCAGAAAACUCUGACGCUGCCAUCAUUGCCAAUCCUGAUGUGUUGGAGAUUGUUGCAGACUUCCUUCAGGUGCCUGCAGAUGAUUUGGAAGCAGCCAUCGUUUCAGAGUCAAACUUUGUUAGAGGUGAGAUGAUUAAGAAGGAGAGGAAUGUGGUGCAGGCGUGCGAUUGUCGGGAUGCAUUGGCCAAAGCCUUGUAUGGCCGUCUUUUUAGUUGGGUUGUCAACAGCAUCAAUCAGCUUCUGCAGCCCUUAGAAGAUUCACCAGCGUCACUGGAUGUUGGAGUCCUCGACAUCUUUGGUUUUGAGAACUUCCCAAAAAAUAGCUUUGAGCAGAUUUGCAUCAAUGUUGCAAACGAACAACUUCAAACUUUCUUCAACCGUCACAUUUUCCAAUUGGAACGACAAGAUUGUGAGAGUGAGGGUAUCAAAAUGGAAAAUAUCAAGUUCACUAACAAUGAGCCUAUUGUCAACAUCUUUCUACAGAAACACACAGGUAUUUUUGCAGUUCUUGAUGAAGAGAGCCAUUUCCCGAAGGCAACGGACAAAUCACUUGCCCAAAAGCUACAUAGUGGUCCAGGGACCACUGGAAAGGGCAUCUACUUUAUCCCUAAGGACAAGGGAACCACAUUCCAAAUACUUCACUAUGCUGGCCAGGUGAAGUAUGAUUUAACAGGUGUGUUAGAGAAGAAUCGUGACACACUACCAAAAUCCAUCCUGUUCACUAUGAAAACGAGCAACAGCUUGGUAGUGCGUGAGCUUUUCCAAGGCCGAUUAACGCGCACAGGGUCACUAGCUCCCAGCGCUAGGCAACGGCAAUCAAGGAAGUCUCAAAAGGAUACCCAUGAUGCUUUUGAGUUUUUCAAGAAAAAAAAGGCACCGGAGGUAGCUAGGAAGCCUAUGAAGAAGAAAGGUCCACCAGUGAUUGGAACUGAGCGAAAGGGACCAGCAACGGUCGCGUUCCACUUCAAGAAUUCAUUGGCUGAGCUGAUCUUGAAGAUGUCCAAAUGUUCACCUCAUUUCAUCCGUUGUAUCAAACCAAAUACCUCAAAGAAAGCAGAUAAGUUUAUCCCUGAGUAUGUGAUUGCCCAGAUGCGUUACACAGGUAUCAUGGAAACAACACGUAUUCGGCAACAGGGCUUUACCAUGCGAAUAACAUUUGAUGACUUCUUGUCCAGGUAUUAUGCGCUUACGUUAGGAAGUGUCCCUAGGAAUAGCAGUCUCCCCGCAGUACAGAAGUGCAAGAAGGCCCUGGAUUCAUGCCAGCUACAAGACUUCAAGGUUGGUAAGACCAAACUAUUCUUCCGAUACUGGCAUGUGGAGAAAUUAGCAGCACUUUGUGCCAAAGAAGACAAGAAAAUCUUCAUCUGUCAGAAAGUGAUUCGUGGAUUUAUCGUGAGAAGAGAGUACAAAAGAAAGCUUGAGAAACUAAACCGACAGAGAAAUUACGUUGCUAGCUUCCUUCAAGAUCUUCAAACGCGAGGAAAUAUUUUCCAUAAGAGUUGUGUUGACUUGAAUGAACAUGAUACUAUAAGAGGUUUGGAGGAGGAGUUGAUAACCAUUGCUGAAGAUGGUGGUCGUAAACUUAAAACUGUAGCGAACAAUAACAACUCUGAGUGCAUAAACAUGGCGACCACUGGUCCAGUUGCAUUGAGCUCUGAUAUAGUGGACAAUAAAUACUCUGAAAUUGACUAUCAAACUCCCCCUCCUCCUCCCCCACCUAUGCCUGCCCCAUAUCCACAGAAUGAUUACAUUGUACCAAUACCGGUGGACUCAAAUUAUGAAGAGAUGCCAAACCAAAGUGACAUGUAUGAUUUCCCGCCACCCCCGCCCCCACCAGUUCCACAGGAGAGUUAUGGUGAGACUGACGACCUACCUCCACCCCCACCCAUGGCUGAUGUUAACUUCCAAAAUAUUGCAAAUAUCCGAGAACGCUUCCUACAGCAAGAAAAACAACUUGAAAAGCAGAAGGAGAAGCAGGAAUACAGACGUUCUGCACCGAUAAUAUCAAAUUCACCCGUUAAUAAUGAUGCUGGGAUGUAUGAUGCGCUCCAGCCAGCAACACGGAUCAAAGACACUAUAUCCCAGCUUCAGUCUCGGAACCCCGGUGGAACAAAUGACACCACCGUCCAAAAGCGAAUGUCAUCACCAGCAUUUCUUCAUAUGGACCAGAACCAGGUAGUGAACGGCCGCACGAAAGUGGCACCUCCUCCAACUCCUAAACGCAAUCCUGACACAAGGUUGAGUAUGGUCGAUAUGUCGGCUACCUCGCAUAUAGCUGGGGGUCGAAUACCUAUAGUUACGAUACCUGAGGGUAUUCCAACAAACUUUUCGAACAUACCUCCACCCCCAUCAGAACCAGCACCAAAACCGCCAAGCUUUCCACCACCAGGUAGACCAAGUUCUACGGCAUUCACCAAUGUUCCUCCCCCACCAAGUAUACCUGCACCCAUGCCCCCACAAGCGCCAGCAUAUGUCCCACCACCUCAAUUCAAUGCUUCCAUGGGACCACAUGCCCCUACUCCACCAGUUGCACCAACAUUCCCAGGCGGUAUGUCAGUUCCUCCUCCACCGCCAGGACCAGCACCGGUUCCACCAGUUGAAUUUGCACCAGUAGGUGUUCCACCACCACCCCCACUGGGAGCAGGUCCUCCAGCACCACCGCCUCCCCCACCACCAGGGUUUGGCGGACCGACUGUACCUCCUCCACCUGUAAUUGGUGGCUUCCCAGCAAGAUCUCAGGCUCCAAGAACACAUACACAACCCUCUGCAGGAUUCAACAUCAGUGACAUCACAAAGAUACAGUUAAGACCAGCACAAUUCACAGAAAGAGUAGUGUCAUCAACACCGGUUGAUUCCAUAUGUGAUGAAAUUAAUAAAGGGAUAAAGUUAAGACCAACUAAACCAAACAUCAAUCGAGGACCGGGUGCUCAAACUAACAGUAAUCAAAACAACGGAAUUCCCCCACCUCCGAAUGCACCAGCCCCGAUACCUCCAGUCCCUCCACCGCCAUUCGGCCCUGCUCCAACUCCACCAGUGAUUGGAAAGCAGUCCUCUCCUCCUGCUCCAAAGACUAAGCCCAAGCCAGCAGCAGCAACUAAAGUGAAGCCAGGCCCAUCAUCACCGGUGCAGAAAACAGUACCAGAGGAGUUAGUGUUUGAUGAAAGUGUACCAGUAUGGAAACAGGCGAUGCUGGCUAAGAAACAUGCUGAUGCUAAGAAACUUGAGGAGGAAGAACAAAGAAAGAAACAGGAUGAAGAAGAUAAAUGGAAAGGCAUUCCAGAUUGGAAGAAGAAAAUCAUGAUGGAAAAAGAAAGGAAGCGCUUGGAGGAAGAGGCAUCUAAAAUUGAUCCAGUGGAAGAAGAGCGAAGAGCAAAAUUAAUGGCAAUGCCAGCAUGGAAGAGGGAUCUAUUGUUAAAAAAGCAAGGCAAUGGGGAGUAACAAAACCUCUUAGAAGAGCAGACAUGUGGAGUAAAGAAACUUACGAGAUGACACCUUUAUAUGACAUAAUGGUGGCCUUGAAUUGUUUAAGAUGUCCACACUGUCAUUGUUAGCGUCAAACAUAUCAGUAUGGUGUCAAUUUACAGAGAUGUUUUUGGAGAGGUUUUUGGUACCAGCAAUCAUGAAUUAACACUUCUUCCUCAGUGAUAUCUCCGAAUGAAUCAUCUAUGAAGCGUUACCUGCAUACAUUCUUCCAUGUUAUCAGUAAUUGUCAACUGUAAAUGCUUUUGUUAAACAUUAUUACAGUAGCCAACUAUGAGUGUAUCUGUAAUGUACAUUAAUGAUGUCUUGAUGUUGGUGGCGCUGUUUACUUUGUAACCGCAGUGCACAAUGUGAAAGCUGAUAAUACUGUAGAGGCUUCUGUAGGCUCAUUAUAAGUAACAUUUUUGCUAUUGUGCCAAGUCAAUUAUUUUAUAUUUCAUUUUAAAAAAAAUAAGCCAAUUACAAUCCAUAAAACAACAUUUCUAACCAAUCAGCAGCAGCAACUCAAAACAGAAUCAGUAAACCUACAAAAAAAAUUCAACAAACAAAAACAUUUUCUUGCAAGCGAUUAAAACCCCUUACAGCAUUACACUUAAUAUGUCCGAUUAAAAACUGAAUUGCAUUCUGACCAGUUUUUUUUAUGAAAAAAAUCAUAUCCUAUAGAUUUCUAACAGUAUUAUUUUUAUAAUUUUGUUAUUUUUGUAUUAUUAACAAUAGUAAUAUUUACAAAUUACAAAUGUAUAAAUAGAGUCACUAUCUGCAGAAGAUGGUUUAGAUAUUGUAUUAAUUUUUUAAAUUUUAUAUUUCUGUUUGGUAAAUUUAAAAUAUAAUACUAUUUUAUUAUUAUUAUUCGAGUCGAAAGAAGCAUGCAAGAACCAUUGAAUAUCAAAUCAUUGUAAAAAUGAAAAAAAAAAUUGUAUGCGUUUUUGAAGUAUUUUAGAUAAUAUAAUUUUUGUAUAUUAAAUUCUCAUCUCAUUUUUGUAAUUGUUUCAAGAUAAGCACAAAAUUAUGUUUCAUUACUAUAUAUGAGAGGACGGAAAAUACUGCAUAUCAAUCCCACUAGAAUUUCAAUAAUAAUUUUUUGUUUAAUCAUUGGCAGGGUAUUAUGUUUGUGAAACAUAUUGAAUAAUAAUGACUUUUUCAUACACUUUGUCUUUCUUUAUAUUUAUAUAUAAAUAUAUAUUUAUAUAUAAAUAUAUAUUUAUAUAUAAAUAUGCUUUCAUUUUCUUUGAACUUGGAAGCUGCAAAUCCAUGUACGUUCAAGCGAAAAUUAAAAGAUACCAUUUUAAUAGAUUUCUGAAAAUUUCUAUAUACAGUAAUCAUGUUUUAUAACUUCCACUGUGUUUAUAUUUGGUUUCGCUUGUAUUUUUUGAAUACGCCUUUGAAGUACUUUUUUUAUUUAUUUUAUUGUAUACAUCAAUGUACAGUUUAAUGUUCUUGUUAUUCAAAGGUAUGAACAUAAUUAGAUAGAACAUUUUUAUUUUAACAUCAAAAUGGUUUGUUACUGCAGUUUUAAAAAAUAGAAAAGAUUUUAAGAUUUUAAAAGCUGUAAUUUUGAUAUUUGAGACAAUUCUUAAUUAUAUUACAUAGAUUUUGUCCUUAUUCUUGUAUAUAUUAUUGUACCGUAUUUGAACUGAGCAAUGAAAUUAUUGUAAUAUUCAUAUUAAAAGUCCAUACAUUAAUAAUGUGAUAAACUAACAUUGCAGUCUUUAAAAUUUGCAACUUUACCGAAACAUUGAGUCAAUGUAAAUAAUUAUAUACUCUCUGCUUUUGUAAUAAACUUUGAACAGUGAAGAUCAAUAACUGAAAUGCUGGGUAUAUUUAUGGGUUUCAAUUAAAAAUUAGAACAAGCAAGUAUGUUCUCCAACAGGCAAACAAGUAAUACUGUUCCUAUAUUUUGAGCUAUGCUAAAAAUGUGAAAAAGCAGCAAUAUUUUAAUUGCCUACUAUGUAUAUUUAAGUAAGUUAUCAACUAAGUUAUCAAAUUUGAACAAAUAAUUGUUUGUUUUGCCAAUUAACAGACAAAUAAUAAUGUUGGUACAUGGUGUACCGCAAACAUUUAUAUAUUAAUGUUGGUAUUGCUUGCAUUGGCCCUUCAAUUGGCUGGUAAUAAAUUUAAGAAUUUUUUAUACAAUAGUAAGUAAGUUCUGUAAUUUUUUCAAAAGCAUUUGAUAACUAAUUUGAUCGUUUUAACUAAGCAAAUAAAUAUUAGGUAAAUUUUCUUUGAUUCUAAAGCCAAAAGUAACUAAUUGUUACAUACUUCACUGGUCAUCUUCAGGUGAAGAAAAUUUACCUAAUAAUAUAUCGGAAGCCAAAUGAAAUAAUUUGAACACAGUAAAUAAAUGUUUUGUGAUGUUUUAGGGGUUUCCAUAAUUCACAGAUGGUUUAUUUUAAAAACAGUGUUCUUCGAUUGUUCAAGCACAACUAUAAGUUCAUACCACUUGUCCUAUUUACACUGCUGUAAAAUAUUUCUUCAGGUAAAUUUUCUUUGAUUCUAAAGCCAAAAGUAACUAAUUGUUACAUACUUCACUGGUCUUCUUCAGGUGAAGAAAAUUUACCUAAUAAUAUAUCAGAAGCCAAAUGAAAUUAUUUAAACAUUUAAGCAAAUAAAUUUUUUGUAAUGUUUUAGGGUUUUGCAUACUUCACCACAUAUGCUUUAUUUUAAACUAUAAGUUUAUACCACUUGUCCUAUUUACGCUGCUGUAAAAUGUUAUGGAAUAAGUCAAUGCUUGUACUAAAUUUAAUUUUAAAUUAAACCGCUGAGAAUUCUGAAGUGCUGGAUAUGAAUCUGCUAUUUUUUCCCCUCAGUAUUUUAUCUUUAAAUUGCUCUUUGUAUCAAUUCACUUUUGUAUAGCUGUUAAAGAUUGGAUAUCUCCUAUAAAUUUAAGUAAUGGUGACUGCAUUCUGUAAAAUUUUAUAUUUUAAAGUAUUAACGAAAUGUUUUGACUUUACACAGGGUUAUAAAAUGGGCCAAUGGCCAGUGCUGGACACUGACGAUAUUUAGAAAAUGCAUUAAAAAUUCCCUAACAAGCAGCCAGAUUAUUAACAAAAAUAACAUUAAUAGUAAAGGUAAUACAAGAAAAGUAUUGUGUACUUAUAGGUUUAAAAAAAUACAUUAACAUAAGUACAGGUAUUAAUAACAAUAUUAAUAGAAUUGCAUCUGUAAGUUUUAGCUAUAAAAGAAUCAAAGCUCUUAACACUAUUUACUCACAAACACUGGAUACAUAGUAGCACACACACAUACAACAGUCUAUUUUAUUUAUAUCCUUAAUUGUAAUGCAUUUUCUUUUAAUGUUUUCAUAUUUAUUUUAAAAUAUUACUAUUCAAAGUAACAUUUAUAUAGUUUUCAUAUUUUUUUUAUCCAAUUUUGUUAUUAAUGUGAUAAUCAGCUUCACAUUAUGCAUUUAAAUGUUAAUGUAACAUAAAGGCCAGAAUUAUUAUGCAAUGGUUAUCAUUUAUGUUAAUUCCGAUCCUGCAUUGCUAUUGGCUAUAAUGUAUCUUACACCAAUUAGCUUUUUUGUCUUUCAUAUUAGAGGCAAGUAUGCUCACCGAGACCAUGUUCUUAAAUAUGUAUAGUACAAGAGGGAGGGGUGAAGUGAAUUUUUUUUAGACAAUGACAGUAUCGUGGUGUCUUCAGUAUUUUAAACUACGUGUAUGUAUCGGUGGGAUAGAACUUACAUUUUUUUAUUGGUUUUUUGUUAAGAUAAAUUGUAGAAACCAUAAUGUGUAACAUGGUCUGUAACUGCCAUGAUGGCAUUAAAGAUAAAAAAUGAAAGGAACAUAAAAA